UGAGGCUUGUUGUGACUGGAGAUAUGAAUACGGACAUCGAGGAGCAGGAAGACGAACUGCUCGCCCUGGAGAGUAUUUUUGAUUCGGAGGAGUUUGUCCGAAAUGAGUCGAAGUUUGCCGGAGAAAUCCGAGCGUGUGUUGAGCUGUCUGCAGGCUUCAACGUGCUUUUGAAAGAAGGAGAUACGCUGAGGCAGUAUGAAAUAUUGUUCCUUCCACCUGUGCUGCUGACCUUUGAACUCCCUGAGGACUACCCAUCCUGCUGCCCCCCCUCCUUCACCCUCUCUUGCAGCUGGCUGACACACACUCAGCUCUCUGCAGUCUCUGAUCAGCUGACUGACCUCUACCAGGCCACUGGAGGCGCUGUGGUGCUCUUCUCCUGGGUGCAGUUUCUUAAAGAAGAUGCUCUCAAGUUCCUGGACAUCCAUACCCUGCUGGAGCUCCCCUCUGAAGAACACAGCCUGCAGGAACCAUCACAUGCUGCAGUCUUGGAACCAAAGAACAAUCAAUCCAAUCCAAAGUCAGAACCCACAGUUUGUAAUGUGUCAGAUUUAUGUAAACCAGACCUUUCUGCACGAUCCUUGGAAGAGGAGAAUCCAAGAGUGUUCCUUACAGAUGGCCAUGACCACUCUAACCAAAUAUCUUCAGAUGCUAGUGAGGCUAAACAGACCUCAGAGUUUAUGGCUGACCACCAGAAUGAUCUGUCCUCAGCCGCAGGCAAGUUGAAACAUGGCCAGGAAGAGUUCUUAAAUGAUGGGGAUGUUUCAGCCUCAUUACUACUUCCAUCCAGCUCCUCAGACCCACUGGAUCAAAGUGAACAAGGAGCUGCUUCUUUGCCACCCCACUCCUCAGAAUCCUCUCGGAAUGAAGACCAAACGCUCUCUGGCCUCUCGCUUACUCCGUCACAAGCUCUCCUCUCCCAGCUCUUGAUCCAUAAUGCGGCUAAGAAACAGAAAAUGUUUGCCACCACCGUGUUUGACUGUGGUGUGUGUUUUGAGGGCUGGCUUGGUUCGGACUGUGUGCAGCUGCCGGAAUGUGGCCACAUUUUCUGCCGGGCCUGUCUCGGCAAGUUCUGCAAGCUCCAGAUAAAAGAGGGGAACGUCCGAGGGGUCACCUGUCCUGAUGCUGACUGCCCUGCCACCCCCACACCUGCACUGGUGAGGAGUCUGGUAGGGGAGGAGCAGUUUGACCGCUACGAUCGUCUCCUUCUACAGUCAACGCUGGACCGCAUGGGUGAUGUGGUGUACUGUCCUCGGACUUCCUGUGGCUCGGCCGUCAUUGUGGAGAAGUCCAGCCGUGCCGCCCAGUGCUCUGUGUGCAGCUUUGCCUUCUGCGUCAGCUGCAGGAAGACCUACCAUGGAACAGAAGAGUGCCGGGCGAAGAAGAGCACGAAAACACAGGAAAUACAGCUGGGCAUUGCAAACCUGCCACAGUCACAAGAGGGGCUGAUGGCUCUGUGGGACGACUAUGCCAGCGGCAGUAAGCAGAGGCAGCGCCUCCUGGAGAACAGAUACGGCCGCAAAAUAAUGAGGGAAACUGUGGAGGACUGUCUGAGUGAAGACUGGAUAGUCUUUAACAGCAAGAACUGUCCUCACUGCUUCUGCAGAAUACAGAAGAACAGAGGAUGUAAUAUGAUGACGUGCUCAAAGUGCUUGAAUAGAUUCUGCUGGGCCUGCCUCGACAGACUGCAAACAGGUGCAAACCAACACUUUGUGGACAGUGGCUGCGCCGUUGACUACAGAGAGUUCUGACCCAGUGCUCCUUCACUGCCAGAGGGAUGCAACCCAUGGUACGCUGUGUUUAUUUACCCAGGUGUAUCCCAUUGAGAUCAUUUAUCUAUUUUUCAAGGGAGACCUGUACUUUAAUAAAUAGUUGAUCAUUCACAUACAUGAUGAUUUUCAAAUAGGGCAAACAAUUACAAAAAUGUGUGUGGCCAGGAAUGUUUUUGUGAAUCUGUCAGUAUUGGAAAAAUUACUCAAGAAUCAUGGUGUUAAAAUUACGUAGAAGUACCUAUUGCGCAGAAUAACCCAAUUCAGAUGAAAUUCUUGAUCAAAUGUACUAUUAUCUGUAUAAAAAAAACAAUAUAGUCUAUAUGGGCCAACAAAUUAAUUGAUUGUUAAUUCAUACAAAAAAGUGAAACAUUUCUCUUAUAAUGAAUACAAUUAAUUAAUAUAACUAAUUUGAAACCAUUCACAAAAAUCAGACCUCUCUCUUACUGUGUCUGACCAACAGAGGAUGCUAAAUAACCACAAUGCAAUGGCAACAACAUCAACAGCAGCUUGAGCACAUUUUAACUUUGCUCUACACAAUAUUCCUAUUGUUUCAUCUGUAAAAUGCAGCUUUCUUAAAAACAUGCUUAAUCAUUAUGUAUUUAAUAAUAAACCAACAUUACAUUGCUGCAUGCAUGUUUGCAGCUCUGAAAUCAAAUAUGAAUAUUCUAAGAAAGGAAAUCGGUUAGUGGGCUUUUUAAAAAGAAAAAGAAAAUCAGAGUUAAUUCAAAAACAUAAUUUCUUCCCCAGUUAUAAUUAUUGAACGUAGUGGUUAUGCAACAUCUUUCAUCUUUCUACCAAAUAUUUUCUUCAAUAACUGAUUAUGUGUUUCCUGAGCCUGUGGUGACGCUUUUGAAUGUCUUGUUUUGUUGGAACAACAGUCCAAAAUCCAAACAUAUUCUCUCUGCUAUCAUAUCACACUAAGAAAGUAUACUUUCACAUUUAACCAGUAAUAUACGGCUUCAAAUAAAUACUUUGACAAUGAAGUAUUGAAAUUGUUGCAGUUUACUUUUCUCUGAAUUAACUAUUAAUCAAGCAAGUAUUAGAGCUGGAUUUUUGUUUUAUCAAUUAUUGUAUACAUCUUACUUCUUAUGUAAUUAAUUGUUUUACAAGGGUUUAAGCUAUGCAUUUACAUUACUGCUAUAAUCUAAUGAAGAGACAAAAGUUUGUUUGUUAUUUUCCAUAGAUGUGCCUGUCAAUAGCUGACACACAAAAUGAUAAUGCACCUUUGCACUUUGUAUGCAUGGAUCUGCUUGAUAGAAAAUACUCUAUUAUUAUUAUUAUUAUUAUUUUAAGCAUAUUGUUUAUUUUAUUAU